GGGCAUCCUUUUCUCCACUACUAAAAUUUGUCCUCACUUGUCAUCAUCGCAUGAGAAAUUGGCAUUUGCAUAGGUUCUUAGAAAGUUUUCUUGAGCAGGGAAGCAAAGGAUUCAGGGAAACGAAAUGGAAAGAUAGAUGGAGAAGCCACGAAAACAAUCCCGAACCCAUAUCAAUCUCAAGAAUCUUCCUCCUCUAGAUCCAAGCACCACCUCCUCCUACUCCCAGGAUAAAAAAAUCAUAUCAGUUGCUAGGUAUGUACCUAAAGCUGCCAAGCCAGGACCCCAAGAAGAGGGAACCGAGGCAGGAAAAUUAUUUGACCAUGAGGCAAACACGGAAGCAGAUUUGUUAGCUGAUACAAAUCUAUUAAAUAAUAAGCAUAAUACCAGAGAUGAUGAAGAUGAUGUUUCUAAUUGUUGUGUCAAGCACAUAAUAGACUCUAAUAACACAAUCUUCAAGGCCCAAACUCAGACCAAGGUGGAUCCUAAAACCAGUGGGGAUAAUAAAGCCUUCCAUAAUGACUCAGGUGAACCAAAUAAUAUAUCAGCUAAAUCACAAUUGCAUGAGAUUUGUGUUGCUAACAGUUGGAAUCCUCCUUUAUUUGAAUGCUGCAAAGAGGAAGGACCUUGCCACCAGAGAUUGUUCACAUUCAAGGUCACAGUGGAGAUUGAAGGGGCAGGUGCUGCAUCUAGCUUGGAGUGUUAUGGAGCCCCUAGGGCAAAAAAGAAGACUGCAGCAGAGCAUGCAGCUGAAGGGGCAUUAUGGUACUUGAAGCAUCUGUGUAAUUAUUUUCCAAUAAAAAAGUUGGAGAAAAGAAAAAUGAAUGCUUCAUAAUUUACAAUUAGGGUUUAACAAUCCCAUCCAGUUUAUUAAUUUGUACAGGAGAUUUUGUUCAGAUGUUGAUAUGUUACUUCUCUUUUGAA